AACUCCUGCGGUUAAACAGCUCUGUUUUUCAGAAAUCCCUGGAGAAUUUUGUGACCACAUGGUAAAGAUAAGGGACCUCCUGAUUAUUUACUUAGAAUGUAUGUCAGAGAGCCACUGUCCCUGGCUGUGUGCUGGGUACUGAGGAGAUGGUCCUAGCCUUAACUUUCCUCUGUCUGGAUUAGAAAAAAGAUGUUUGUUGGUGAAUUGAAACCACAGAGUGUUUAUUUCGUGUUGGGCGCAGUGCUUGCUAGGUACUGGGUGCUCACAGUGAACGAGGCAGAUGGGGGUCAUCAAACUUGAGGACCAGAGCCUUGUGUCGGAGAUGUGGACCCUGCUCUAGCUCCGUCAUGGCUUCCAGCUUCUUGGAUCUGAGGCUCCAGAGGAGGAAAUGACUGUUCAGGGCUCUUGCUCCAGCUCAGUUACGGAAACUGGACCUUCAGAGGGUGUGGACUUACAGAGAACAGGAAAGUUUCUUUUUGAAGGGCUUUAAAUUUGUAACAAAGAAAAUAAAAAUGACGACUUCAUCUAUCAGACGACAGAUGAAAAACAUUGUGAACAAUUACUCAGAGGCUGAAAUCAAAGUCCGGGAAGCCACCUCCAAUGACCCAUGGGGCCCAUCCAGCUCUCUGAUGACCGAGAUCGCUGACCUGACUUACAAUGUAGUGGCCUUCUCUGAAAUCAUGAGCAUGGUGUGGAAACGGCUCAAUGAUCAUGGCAAGAACUGGAGGCACGUGUACAAGGCGCUGACCCUGCUGGACUACCUCAUCAAGACAGGCUCUGAGCGUGUGGCCCAGCAGUGCCGUGAGAACAUCUUCGCCAUCCAGACCCUGAAAGACUUCCAGUACAUUGAUCGUGACGGCAAGGACCAGGGCAUCAAUGUCCGUGAGAAGUCUAAGCAGCUGGUGGCCCUUCUCAAGGAUGAGGAGCGACUGAAGGCUGAGAGGGCCCAGGCUCUCAAAACCAAAGAGCGCAUGGCCCAGGUGGCCACUGGCAUGGGCAGCAACCAGAUCACCUUUGGCCGUGGGUCCAGCCAGCCCAACCUCUCCACCAGCUACUCAGAGCAGGAAUAUGGCAAGGCUGGGGGGUCACCAGCCUCCUAUCAUGGCUCGCCUGAGGCCUCGCUGUGCCCCCAACACCGCACAGGGGCCCCGCUGGGUCAGAGUGAGGAGCUGCAGCCACUGAGCCAGCGCCACCCUUUCCUGCCGCACCUGGGGCUGGCCUCCCGCCCAAAUGGCGAAUGGUCCCAGCCCUGCCUCACUUGUGACCGCGCAGCCCGAGCCACCUCCCCUCGGGUGUCUUCUGAGCUGGAGCAGGCCCGACCACAGACGAGUGGAGAAGAGGAGCUGCAGCUGCAGCUGGCACUUGCCAUGAGCAGAGAAGUGGCUGAGCAGGAAGAACGUCUCAGACGGGGUGAUGACCUCAGAUUACAGAUGGCCCUGGAAGAAAGCCGAAGAGACACAGUCAAAGUUCCAAAAAAAAAAGAGCACGGCUCCCACCCACCACAGACCACUCUGUUGGAUUUAAUGGAUGCCCUCCCCAGCUCAGGCCCUGUUGCCCAGAAAGUGGAGCCCUGGGGCCCAGCGGCCUCUGCUAACCAGACCAACCCCUGGGGUGGUCCCGCAGCUCCCUCAAGCACUUCGGACCCCUGGCCAUCAUUUGCUCAGUUCCCUGGAUGUUUGCUAAAGUGUACCAAGUGCCAGGCUCUGUCCUGCCAUGUGACGACCCUGAGACGAACAGGUACCAAGCCAGCUGCCUCUGUGGACCCGUGGGGAGUGCCCACCACAGUCAGCACACACACUGUCCCCAAGAGCUCAGACCCCUGGGCAACUUCGCAACAGCCUGCCCCCAGUGCUGGGAAGACAACAGAUGCCUGGGGCGCAGCCUCUGCCACCAAGCCCAUACCUGCCUCGGGGUCCUUUGAGCUGUUCAGUAAUUUCAAUGGUACAAUUAAAGACGACUUUUCUGAAUUUGACAACCUCCGAACUUCAAAAAAAUCAGCUGAGUCUGUGACCUCUCUGCCAUCCCAGAACAAUGGAACUACAAGCCCUGACCCCUUUGAGUCUCAGCCCCUGACUGUUGCUUCAAGCAAGCCCAGCAGUGCCCGGAAAACACCUGAGUCUUUCCUGGGCCCCAACGCGGCCUUGGUGAACCUGGACUCACUUGUGACCAGGCCUGCCCCAGCAGCCCAGUCCCUCAACCCUUUCUUGGCCCCAGGUGCAGCUGCUGCCUCUGCCCCUGUCAACCCCUUCCAGGUGAACCAGCCCCAGCCACUCACAUUGAACCAGCUGCGGGGGAGCCCUGUCCUGGGGAGCAGCACAUCCUUCGGGCCUGGCUCAGGGGUGGAGCCCAUGGCCGUGGCCCCUAUGACCUCAGCAGCUCCACACCAAGCUCUGGCGGCUGGUGGCUCCUCUUUGACACCACUGGGCCCUGCAGCGAUGAACAUGGUGGGCAGUGUGGGCAUUCCCCCUUCGGCAGCUCAGGCCACUGGCACAACCAACCCUUUCCUUCUCUAGUGCCCCAGGUUCUGGACCUCCCUGAGUGAAUGCCUGGAGUACCCAUGCCAGAGGACUCAUAGCAGGGACUCUCGUUUGUGGGGUGGCGGCUGAGAGUGUGGAGUGUUAGGGCUUUUCAGUUCCAGCUUCCUGAUGAAAGGGUUGUCCUGUGGCCCCGACCCUUAGACUGAGCAGCACAUAGCUGUCCAUGCUGCUUGGAGCAGGCCUGCCCUUGCCGCCUCCUCCCAAGUGCUCAGCUCCCAAGCUCCUCUGAGGCCUUGGACAAGGAAGCAAAGUCAUCAGUGUUGCCCUGGCCCCAGCCUCAGCCCAAGGGUCUCUGGGUCACUGCCUAGCCCAGAACUUGGGACAGUUGCCUCAUCUUUGCCCCCCACCCCCCAGCCCUAGGGGCACUGUAGGCUCUGUCCCUGAGGUAGAUGGGAUGAAGCACCACCCCAUUCAACACUGACCUUGGGGGUAGUGGUUGUGCGUAUUUUUAUUUUUCUUUGACUCGUGUGUGAGUUCAAAGUAAACACCACCACCAUGGACAACUCUUAAAUUAAAUCCACUAGAGCGAGCUUUAAAACUAACCUGAGCAUAACCCUGCCACAUGGCUCUAUGCUUGUACACGUUUGCACAUAUUUUGUUUAGUACAGUUUCAUAUUUGAGUUUGCAGAAUUAUCUAAUAGUCUUUUUUUGGCUAAUAUUUUUAUAACGUGGUUCUUAUUUAACUGUCUAGUUUUGAUAGAAUUUACCAGGUCUGGCUGACUUAAGAUCUUGGCACGUGUCAUUUUAGUGGUUUAAGUCCUCUUAUUUAUGGUUUUAACUGUAAGAAAAUUUAAAAAGGAAGAGAUGUUUUGAUGACAAAAAUAUGCCUUAUGGAAAAACUAAAGCAAAUUCUUUAUAGGAGAAAGUAUGAAAAUUUGAUUACACAAAAAAGAUGUUUAUUUAAAAAAAAAAAAAAACUCCAACAGCAACAAAAACUUGUAGCCUCCAGUUGCCUUUUCCUUUCUCUAACUCCCUUUUUUGGUGAUAUACAAAAACCAAUUGACUCUCAGCCUUUUUGGCUAGCUCCAGAAAAAGACACUUAUUUCUUAACCAAUACGCCAUCUUGAAAGUCGAAAAAAACUAAUGUAUGAAUGUGACUCACCAGUUUUUAUCAACUAAUUCCUUUUUUAAUUAAAGGCAUGCAGGGAUUUAGAGACUUCUGUUUACAGUGGGAAUUGGAAGUGGUGAAAUCGCCCUUAGCCUUUCGUCUUGCUCUCCUCUGACUCGUUCCACGCUCAGGUUAAUGACAGGAUCAUGUCCCAGGGAUCCCUGGGGAAUGGUCCCCAGGCUGAGAUAGAGGUGAGGGACCAGGGCUGGCCCUGAUCCAUCUACCUGCCAACUCCAGGCACAGGUUGCAGACUGAGAAGUAAUCAUCUCUUAUUUUGGAGGUGAAGGAAAAAAAAUCAUUCUCACACAGGAUUGAUUUUUAACAAACAUGCACUAAUAUCUCCCACUCCCAACCUCCUACUGUCCUCACCCCAUCCACCACUGUAAAGAAAAGUAUUAAGUCCCAGAUUAUAAACAAGAAAAGACUUGCUUUUCCCCAGGAAAGGGAUAGUCCCUUGAAUCCUGUGUCCUGGCAACUUGCCUGGCAGAUAUUUCUGACUUGAGUCCCAGCUUGGACUUCUCACCUUCAGUUCUAAGGGCAGCCAACCACCUGCCAGCCCCUCUCUGGUUCCAGGAAGAGACCCCACCCUCAGCAUCAGCAGGGGUGUGAUCAAUCUACAGUGGUCUCUGGGCUGCCAGGAGGCCAUUCGAGCUCUGAAGACUGCCUGCUUAGGCCACUCCAGUUCCUCCCAGAACUCGAGGCUUAAGGCCGGCCUUGGUGCCUUUGCCACCUAGGAAGGCAGGUGGCUGGGCUCGUCCUGCCUGGGGAGUGCGGGAGGCACCAGGAGAUGCCGAGGCAGGGCGCCUGCCCAGGAUGGUGCUCUCUCUCAAAAGGUGCAGGGCCUGGGCCAGCGUAUAGGGUGGUACACCAGGCUACUUGGGGUCAGUGAUUCUUUUGUAAUAAGACAACAGCCCUUCCUGAUGUGACUGAGGCCCCAACAUUAACAAGCCUCUGGGACACCCGAGAACAGCACCCCCAACCCCACCCCUGGCACAGGCCAUCCUGAGUGCACGUUGUCCCUGUUACCCACUGCACUGAUCAUGAAGCCACCAGUUGCUGCCACGUGUGUUGCACACAUGCUACUGUGCCCCCUCCUGAUGAGCACCGUGGUGGAGGAAGUCACCCAGCCAUUUCCCCGUGGGCCGGUGGCUGGUUUUGAACUUGUGUUGACUGUUGAGACUUAUUUACUGUAUAAAUAUAAUUUAUCAUUUGUAUCAUGA